AUGAGUUGUUGUACUGCUGCGUCUGCGUUUGUUUCGGACAAAAGGAUUCAUGAAUCCCUCUGUGGCUUGUGGGAAACAAAUAUGUAUCCAAUCACCCAACCAAAGGCAAAACCAGGUAUGACUCCUAUUACAACUGCUAUCCAACUCAACACCUCUUCCUCUUCUUCUUCCUCUGACUGGCUUGUGAAUAUCUCUGCAAAUUUCUUCAAGAGAAGGGCCAGAAAGUCCCGGAUUACCGUCAAAGGAAGUGCAGUACUAGACCGACAAGCUGGUUAUGAGAGAAGAAGUAAGCCUUCUCCGUCGUCUUGGUGCUUCUUCGAGAGGCUCGAUUUCUUGAUCGGUCCCGUCGCGGCGAAGAAAUCCACCGGAGUUGUGAGACCGGCGUUGAAGAAUCCGACGGGAUCUAAAUCGAGUGGGAGCUCUUUGGAGGAGGAGGAUGAUGAUGAUGAGGUGGGAGAUUGGGGGUUUGUGGUGAGGAAGCAUCGGAGAGUGGAGGAUGUGGAUCCGAGUGGAGGCGAAGGGUCGUCGUGUAGGGAGCUGGCGAGAGCGAUUUUGAAGUUGGGAGAGGUGUACGAGAGGAUUGAAGGUGUGAAGCAGAGGAUGAUGGUUGAGUUGGAGAAGCAGAGGAUGGAAGCUGCAAAGGAGCUUGAGUUGCAACGGAUGAACAUGUUGAAACUUUAGGGAAGAAGUUGUAGGGAUUAGAUUUGUGGAGAAGCUAUACUGUGGUAGAGCAAAGGAACACUCGUUGGUUCUGAGAAGCUGAUCGAGAUUGGGGAAAGAAACUCUUGUAGUAAUCUGACUGACAUAUCAACAUGUACUUUUGUCAAGUGUUUAAUGUAUUAUGGUUUCUGUAUCAACGCCUGUGGUCUCAUUUCUCUUUUUUUUUUUUUUUUUAUGAUCUGCAGUUAGUCUUUUUGCGUAAUCAGGUCUCAGAAUUGCCUUAACAGAUUUAACACAAUGCAUAAAGGGGUUCUUUGGAGACAUUCAUAUUGACAUCAUAGAUGUUCUUUCCAUAAUUCACUUUUUGGAACUGAUCAAACCCACCAAGCUAUUGAUGUCUCUAUUUGAGAUUGUGGACAUCAAAUUAAAGAGAAGCAAGACUUGAGAGUAGAUGUAAAAGUCAGUUAAAGAAAAUAUAAAAUAGAUUUCACACUGAUCAAAGAAGAAUUUUCAUAUGAUCGUUAAAACAAAUUAAGUUGAGCAUAUAUCUUUUUUCUGGUCAUUAUUAAUCUAUAGUUUCUAUGAAUUUAUGUGUCUCAGUGAUAUAAGAAAUCGAAAUAUCCAUAUAUAAUAUGUAUAUCCUUUUCUAAAACCCUGCAAGGUUUAUAGCGUUGAUCUGGAUCAUCUGUUCAUUGCUCAUCUCACGUCUAAACAGUUGAUGUUUAGAUUCACAAGAGGGGAAAAGACGACACAUCUUUGACUGGUGCUUGUAAUUUUCAGCGUAAGCAACAUGGUUGUUCAAUUACAGAGAAACAAAGAAGUUUAAUAAAACGUAAAAAAAAAAUAGAGAUAGAGAAAAAACACACCAAGCUAAAACAGAAACAAUACCAGAGGAACAAAGAAGUUUGCUAGAAAAAAAAGAGAGAGUAAAAACAGAGUAAUGAGAAAAACACCAAGCUAAACCAGAAACGAUACCCCAAAUCUUAUUUGAUACGAUA